AACGAUGCGGGUCAUGAAUUAUUAAUAAGAUGCCAAUGUUGUUCUGGAUCACGCGUUGAGAAAAACAUUAAAUCUCUGUAUUCUUUUAAAGGGUUGGAAUAAUGGCGACAGCUAUUUACCUCGAACACUACCUGGACAGCAUUGAGAAUUUGCCAUGUGAACUGCAGAGAAAUUUUACACUCAUGAGGGAGCUGGACAACAGGACAGAGGAAAAGAAAGGAGAGAUCGAUAAGCUUGCAGAAGAGUAUAUAAAAAAUGUACGGAACCUCGCAUCCGAGCAGAGGGUGGAGCACCUGCAGAAAAUCCAAAAUGCUUACAGCAAAUGUAAAGAAUUCAGCGAUGACAAAGUGCAGCUUGCUAUGCAGACAUAUGAAAUGGUUGACAAGCACAUUCGGAGACUAGACGCAGACCUGGCACGCUUUGAGAAUGAGCUGAAGGAGAAGCUGGAUGUCGGGGGCUAUGAGAGUCCAGAUACUAGAGCACUCAAAAAAGGAGGUGGGCGGGGACUUAAAGAAAAACGAGGACCCAAAGGCAGAGGAAGAAAAUGCUCGGAUGAUGACUCACCCAGAAAGAAGAAAAUGAAAAACAGUAAUGAAUUCUCAGACUCGCUCUUACCAGUACACCCAUCCGAUGUUCUGGACAUGCCAGUGGAUCCCAAUGAGCCCACAUACUGUCUGUGCCACCAAGUCUCAUAUGGAGAAAUGAUCGGCUGUGACAACCCAGACUGUCCAAUUGAGUGGUUUCACUUUGCUUGUGUGGAUCUCACAACCAAACCCAAAGGGAAAUGGUUUUGUCCACGGUGCACCCAGGAUCGGAAGAAGAAAUAAGAUUUCUAUUACUUUUAUACAUAAGAAUAUAUAUAUAUAUAUAUAUAUAUAUAUAUAUAUAUAUAUAUAUAUAUAUAUAUAUAUAUAUAUAUAUAUAUAUAUAUGUAUUUUGUCUAUGUGGUAAAAUAGGAUAUGUACAGUAUAAAUAUAUAUUAUACUUUCUAUAUGACUAUGAUAAAGGAAAAGAGGGUCACAAUGAAACCAUUUUAGUUUUUUAUGUACUUGAAAAGUGUCCAUUUUUGUUAAUUCAAAAGCUGAUUAUUCUUGUGCUGAAAGUAAUCUGGUAUUUUAUGCAUUUACUUUUAUGACGAGAUAAGAACAUGAGAAGUCAGAGCUUAUCGUAUAUGUAUACUCCCUUCUACUGAAAAGGUAGGGUAGAUUUCCUUGCUAUAUGAACUUCAAGCACCAAAACCAUUACUCUUUAUAUUAUGUUUAUUUGAUAAAUAUAUAUAUAUAU